CCGUACUAUUCAUCUCUCUGCGUUGCUCGAAUGACGUUGUCGUGAGAGAGGAUCCUACCAACCUAACCCAACCAACUCGAACUCGAGAGGAACGGGCAGCGGCAGUACUUCUGGUCCUGACUGCCCCCACCCGCGCGAAACCUUGGAACGGGCAUUCCUGCCUAGACAUGAAUGGCGAGUUCGACAUCCGCUCUGGACCGCCGGCUGUCUCCCCAUGUGUCCCCCAACCAAGCGAACAGCGCGAGCAGCACGGUGACAGCUCUCCAAGGAGCGACAGCAGCCUUUAAUGCGACAAGGUCUGCAAACAGACCACCUCCUCUUGCCAACCACCAAUUUGGCGCCCAAAGGGGAUCGUGCAGCAUGAACUCUUAUGCCUCAGACUUAGCCUCUCUUCGCAGCAACCAAUCUCCAGAGCCACCCGAGAUUGGUUCAGUCAAGGACAAGAUUGGCAAGUUCAGUGCACACGGGCAGCCUGGCGGCUCUAGGGACGCUCCCCUCAAAGUACCCGGGGAUAUAGGGGGCUUAAGACCACGUACCCCGCAGCAGAUCGCCGCCCAGCUUGCGGCGGGGAGAUCCACGCCUAGCAAGAAACCAGCUCCUACUCCAAGCAGCAGCAGCGCCAAUGUUGACCUUCCAAUGAGGCCUGGCGGAGAGCGCGAAAGACCACAGCUCCUAGCACCGAAGCCCGUGUGGGCCACAGCUGCGAGUAAGGCCUCGUUUGAGAAGAUCUUAAAAGACGAGCAGGACUCUCAACUCGGAGACAAGAAAAUCGAGCGAAAACCCGUCAGGCCGGGCUCUGCUCUGUCGGAUUUUGCGCAGCUGGCUGCGGCAAAGUCUCGACCACCGCCGGUGCCUCGAAAACCUUGCCUGAAUCCUACUAGCAUCAAUGCCAAUCUGGCAUCAGAGAAAUCGAAAGACCUUCCCAGAUCGCAUCUAUCACUCUCUUCAGGAGAUCCUAUCAGGACCGACGAAAACCCACCAUCACUACCCCCGCGACCGAGAGAAACACCAUCAUCAUCGAAAAUAGACCUGGCAGGUCAUCGAGCUCUUCUCAGCAGUAGUGAUGGUCGGCCGCGACCCUCCAGUCCAGGCUCGGCGUCUAUGUAUGCGAAAUCCGUCACCAACAGUACUCCGAGCCUACUUGAUAGUACCUCGGAAGGAGUACUGUCAGAUGCAAUUGUAGCAUCCUCAUUAGCAUCCACCCGAGCUUCACAGGAGAAGAAAACCGCCCCGCCUCCACCACCCCGGCGUCGGCCGCGGUCACGUUCAAUCGUGCAUCUGGGCCACUCAAAGAAACAUGAUCACCAGCAAUCGUCCAGUCCUUCUACUGUGCUACGGCAGACGCUUCGACAUCCCAGCAGUUCGGAUGAAGAACAGGGGUAUCGCCAGCACAAACACAUAAUCCGCAAGCACCCCCACAAACAUCAUGAAGGUGACCGAAAGCGUUGGCGGAGUGAGGUCAGUGAGAAAGACCGGAAGAAGUACGAAGGGGUCUGGGCGGCAAACAAAGGAUUGCUGGUUCCUUUGCCAUCGCAAGUCCCACCCGGUUCAUUGCCUCCCGACGCGUCCGAGAUGGUGGUUAACCUUGUGGUCCGCGACAUCUGGUCUCGCAGCGAGCUUCCAUCGCAUGUCCUAGAGCAGAUCUGGAACCUGGUCGAUAGUCAAAAGAAUGGACUUUUGACCCGCGAAGAGUUUGUGGUGGGGAUGUGGUUGAUCGACCAGCAGCUAAAGGGGCACAAGCUCCCCGUGCGGGUCCCUGACAGCGUUUGGUAUUCCGUCAAGCGGAUAUCAGGGAUAAGGAUAAAUUCGCUGCCGCCGUCCUGAAACUGAUCUAUAGGGGAGCUUGCAUUAGACCAGUAUUAUCUGGCUGCAGCCCUGGCUAUAUAGUGCAAUAAAUUUU